AUGUUUGUCCCCCUGCCGGUCCCCUUCGUCUUUCAGAGAACAGCGUCCGACUUCAGCGCCUGGAGACUCAAGUCCCCGCUGGCUCCACGGUCCAGCCCCGAUAUCAGGAUGUCCAAAGCAGAGGAGGAGAAACCUGGGGCUGACUAUCCGGGAGACAGCUCAGACUCUGACCGAAACAGCCCUGAUGAUCAGGUCCAGCCUAUGAAAACCAGCCCCUUCAGCCUCUCCCCUACCCCGGCUGGCAGUAAGGCAAAGAGUGAGGAGAGCCCUGAUGUGACCCAAAGCACUGCUCCUCCUCCUCCUCCUCCUCCUCCUCCUCCUCCUUCCCAACAGCAGCAGACCCAACACCACCACACACAGCUGAUGCUGGCUGGUAGUCAGCUAGCAGGGCUUGCUGCUCUCCUCCCAGCCCAGCAGCAGUUGCUCCUCCAGCAGGCUCAGGCUCAGCUCCUGGCGGCCGCCGUUCAGCAGUCGAACGCUGCCCACGCCGCUCACGCCGCCCACGCCGCCGCGCAGCAACAAGCCAACCAGCAACAGCAGCAGCAGCAGAGCCAAUCACAGUCCCAGCAGCAGCAACAGCAGCAGCAACAGCCAACCAAACAGGAGCAACAGGUCCAAGCCCCGCCCCCUCCUCCUCCGCCUCCGCCACAGCUUGCUCUGUCGCAGCCAAUCCAACUCACUGCCCAGGACAUCCAGCAGCUGUUGCAGCUUCAGCAGCUGGUGCUGAUGCCCGGUCAUCCUCUGCAGUCUCCAGCCCAGUUCCUCCUGUCUCAGCCAGCACAGGGCCAGCAGCCGCAGCAAGGUUUGCUUUCGACACCAAAUCUGAUCCAGCUACCUCAGCAAAGCCCAGGUGGACUCCUGACUACCCCACCCCGCCUGGGACUCCAAGCACAGAGGGAGAAGAGCAGUGACGUGGUGGCUGGCGGCGGCAGCAGCAGCAGCUCUGUAGUCUCCACCGGCGGUAGCGGCGUUGGGGUCGUAGCUUCUGGCGGUGCUGCCUCGGCAUCCAGCAGCGCCAUGGCUUCCUCACUGACCCCUGGAGGUCAUGGGGGUCACACAGGGGAAGAGCCCAGUGACCUGGAGGAGCUGGAGCAAUUCGCCCGCACCUUCAAACAGCGACGCAUCAAGCUGGGAUUCACCCAGGGAGACGUUGGCAUGGCGAUGGGCAAACUGUAUGGCAACGACUUCAGCCAGACCACCAUCUCCCGUUUCGAGGCGCUCAACCUCAGCUUCAAGAACAUGUGCAAGCUGAAACCGCUGUUGGAGAAGUGGCUGAGUGAUGCAGAAACCAUGGCAGUAGACAGCAUGCUGCCCAGUCCAUCCUCUCUCUCUUCCCCCAUGAUGGGCUUCGAGGGUCUGCCCGGCCGACGCAGGAAGAAACGCACCAGCAUCGAGACCAACGUCCGCGUGGCCUUAGAGCGCAACUUCAUCACGAACCAGAAGCCUACCUCGGAGGAGAUCCUGCUGAUGGCGGAGCAGCUCAACAUGGAGAAGGAGGUGAUCCGUGUUUGGUUCUGUAACCGCCGGCAGAAAGAGAAACGCAUCAACCCCUCCAGCAGCGCCACGCCGCCCCUGCCCAGCCAGACCCCGCCUGUUGUGACGCACAAAACCCCCUGCUACAGCCCGCACAUGAUAUCCAGUCAGGGUCUGUCCCAGGUCACCACCAGCCUCAGCACAACAGCGACCAGUCCGUCACCUUCAGCCUCCUGCCCUUUGACUCCUAUUAGCUCGGCUGCAGCAGGCUCCGCCUCUUCCUCUGUGACCCCGCCCCCUCACAGCACAGCUAGCCCCGCCCCUUCCAGCCUUGGGGCUCAUGGGCUCAACACUGGGAACACAAUGAUGGGAGUAAGCACAGGGAUGAACCAGGCCCUCAUUGGCAGCAAUCCCCUGGCUACCAUGCAAGCCCUGGCCGCCAGUGGUGGUCAGCUGCCUAUCUCCAGUCUUGAAUCGGGAGCGGGCCACAUGCUUCUGGGUGGAACCAGGGGUCCCUCUGUCCCUGCUUCGCUCCGCCCCUCUCUCUUCCUCAACCGCCCUGCACUCCUCCCCAUGGCGACAGGCUCCAUGGCUACAGCCUCCGCCCCCGCCAUGGGACUGGUCGGCAGCGGCCCAAGAUCCGCCCUCUCCCAGUCUCCGCCCCCCGGCGCCCGCGACCUCCUGAGCCCGACCUCCUGCCCAGAGGACUCUGCUUCUCCCUGCUCAAGCCCCGCCUCCUUCUGCUCCUUCAGUGAAGCCUCGCCGCCGCCCCUGGGAGGGACGAUGGCCGAGUGA